UUCGUUUUGGGCCAAACUUUGUACCCUGCCUAUUUCGCUACCGUCGCAUUCCAUUGAUCUGCAGCCUGAGGAGCUGGAGAGCCAAGGCUGUGCUCGCACUGUUUCUUCCUCUCACGAAGAUUUUUUUCCUUACUGCUAGAACUAGUCGAACUCCUAAACACACAAGAAUUGAAGCUUGGUCAGCCGUUCGCUCAUUUCUUGAUUUUUUUGGGGUGUGGUGUAACGCGGACCGGGAGUGCGUACUUUACUGUGCAUGCGAUCCCGGGCACGCACUGCUGCACCACUACCACCACGAAGGUACGGAUACAAUUCGCCCUAGGUACCUUAGGUCCCUGGCCAUUGCGUCUCUGCUCGGCUCAACAGCCUACUGCCGCCACUACUACACUGCAUCGCAUCCUGAUCUAGAGUUUCCCCAUUUGUCUGUUUGCUGGCGUAUGGGGACAAUUAUCACCGUCCUCGCUCUCCGGCCUGCCUGCCUGCCCGCUUGGCUUCUUCAACGAAUAAUCUGGAGCCCUAGGACAGGGUCCCGAAUGCCCCCAGAGGACCUAGAUAAUACUCCAAGGGCGGGUUGGGAUAGUGCGGAGGAACACCCCCACCCGGGGCCGUGAGUCGAGAGUUGUUCGUUGGUAGGAGUGCAUUGACGGCCAACGACGACCACCACCACAAACCAGAGAGAAUCUUACCUGCCUGCGUAUAUACACGUACCUACCUACCUGUCUUGACAAAACAUCUAUGUUAAUAAGGUCAAAGUCGAUCCACCGCAACGCAUCCGACUUGUUGCGGACCGCCUCAAUCUCGAUUCUACGUCCAUGUCUACAUCGUGUCAUUCCUCCAUUCAACAACCAUCAUUCUCUAACUUUCCGACCGGCAACUGUGCAGAAGUGCCGGUGAGUGGACGUUGCCGUGGCCGCCUCCCAGUCUUCGAUCUUUUGGCCAGCCCACGCACAAUCGACUUUUAAUUAUCGACCCGAGACAACUGCCAAGGCGGCCUACCGAUCGGUCCCGCCGCCUGGACUGUCGACCCAGUCAUGAACGGCGACCUCAGCCUUUCUCAGGCCCUGGGUGGUCUGAGGAUCGCCAAUCCUGACGACGCCAUUCCGAGCCCCAAGAGCGGUAGCCUCGUCGAGAAUACCUCCUUCGCCCAGUCUUCCACGAAUCAACAAGAUCGACAAAUCCUAGCCGACCCCUAUUCGCCAGCCAGGGCCGAGCAGACGAAUCAGUCUGUGCAGGGAGCAGUAAACAAAACAGACCCAAACUUGUCGCUGAACGAUCCAGCGGACCAGCCAUUUCACCAACCAUACGCAAGCGAGUCCCGCUCGCCCGCAGCAACUCCUCGCCCGAGCUCCGCAAUCUACAAUUCCUAUGCGUAUACCGAUCCAGAACAGAUUUUGCACAGGACAAACACUGAUAGUUCGGCUGCAUACCGUGUUCCUUCGAGAAGUGCUUCGAACGCCGGUUCGAGACCGUAUGAUCCCCAUCGGAUAUCUCGCGAGCCAAGCGUCAAAGAUCACAACGGCCCACGCCAGCCUUCAUCGAUACCCUCUACUGGCGCCCCCGUUCCUCCUCGUCGGACAGCUUCCAAAGGCAUGGGAGGGGGAUACGCCUCCAUACCAGGGAUACCGAUGGCUGCACCCUCGAGCAACCCCGAACUACCACUCCCGACCAGCAGCGUCGAGUGGCAGGAGCGAGGAGCUGCUGUCAGUGUCAAGAGAGAAGUGGAUGCCAAUGGAAGGACGGUGAUGAAGUCUGUGCGGAAGGGUGUCCGCGACUUUUCCUUUGGCAGGGUCCUCGGCGAGGGCUCCUACAGCACCGUUUACCUAGCUACUGACAAGCAGAACCUCAAAGAGUAUGCCAUCAAGGUUCUGGAGAAGAAACAUAUCAUCAAGGAGAAGAAGAUAAAAUAUGUCAACAUCGAGAAGAAUACUCUCAACAGACUGACAGAACACCCUGGCAUCGUGAGACUCUAUUACACCUUCCAGGACGAGACAUCACUAUAUUACGUACUGGACCUUUGCUCUGGCGGAGAGCUGCUUGGGGUCUUGAAGAAGACGGGUACGUUCGACAUCGAGUGCACAAGAUUCUAUGGGGCCCAAAUACUUGACGCAAUCGACUACAUGCACUCGAGAGGCGUCAUACACCGCGAUCUGAAACCGGAAAAUGUACUGCUGGACGAUCGCAUGCACGUCAAGAUAACAGAUUUCGGGACUGCCAAGCUUCUACCGGACCCUCGUGCAGCAACGGCCCAACAGAUGCUGGAGAGAGGUCCAGCAAGCGCGAGAGGCUCGGACGACGGACGGGCGGCAUCUUUCGUGGGUACAGCCGAGUAUGUCAGUCCCGAGCUACUGACGGACAAGAGCGCCAGCAAGGCUAGCGACAUAUGGGCCUUUGGCUGUAUAAUAUACCAGCUCCUAGCUGGGAGGCCGCCGUUCAAAGGAGGUAGCGAAUACCUCACGUUCCAGAAGAUCGUAGGACUCGAGUACGAGUUCCCCCAUGGCUUUCCAAGUACUGCCCGAGAUCUUGUAGAAAGAUGCCUAGUGCUUGACCCAAACAGGAGGCUGACGGUAGAGCACAUCCGGAACCACGAGUUUUUCGACGGACAAUAUAUUGGUAAGGAUCUGUGGAGGACUAAAGCCCCAAGGCUGAGGCCAUAUGCUCCUCCUGCUCAGGAGCCUGAUAUCAUUCGUCUAAACGGCGUUUCCUCCGCCUCACAACAAUCAAUGAACCCCCGUGGUGCACACCCGCAAAACCAUCACCAUAACAACGGAGCUCAAAAAGCGUCACAGCAACCGCAGCAACCUCAAGCACGGAGGAUCAUAACAGAGCUGCCGCCACCAACACAACUGGACCUUGAUUGGUCACCUGUGUUGACGCGGAGCAACGAGCGCAUUCUGAAGCUUGGUGACCUAAUGGUGAUCACUUCGCCGAUAUCCAAUAGUCCCCAUGGCAAGGGAGAAGAGGGACACAAAAAGCUUUCGAGGUUUUUUGGUGGAAGCACCACCAAGAAGAGACAGCGCCUGGUAAUGGUGACAACCAGCGGGCGUAUCGUACUGGCACCCGCGGGCGGCGAUGAGAAGAAAACGAAGACGGAGAUCUCACUACUUGCCCCGGACUGCAUGUGGAAAUCACAGGUGGAUGUCAAGGGGCAGCCGGUAUGGACCGUUGACACAGGGGGUGUGCACUACGUAUUUGAAGAGCCAAAAGGAUCACAGUCGACAGAUAUGGGAAAGAUCUCAGUUGAUGACUGGAUUGAGUCUCUCGAGAGGGCCAGAGAUUAUGCUCUAUCACAAGAUACACUUGGAAAUCAUGAGCGAGACAAUGGGGGGUUUGGUGACAUGUCAUCGUCUUUGUCGAGUCCUGCCAGUACACUGGGGGGGAGAGCAACCUAUCCGGAAUAUGGCGACGGCUUCACAGUCAGCGACAGGUCCGGUCGGUCGGCGGUACUCAGUAAGAGCCAGGCAAGUUUGGACCAGGACCCGGUGCCUGAGAGAAAGCGGAAUCGGUUCAGCAAGCGGGCAUCUAAAAAUGGGCUCGGUGCAGCAUUCUAGAGGGCUGCGCAGCACACCCCAGUAAUGGGACAAUUUUUACAAGUUAAAAAGUCUAACAGGCAGAUCGAGAUUUGGGCGUCGUGGCUGAAGAGGAGAAUACCGUAGGAACCCUUCUGCCGUUCGAUUCACCCCUCCCCGCCUGACGUUGACCGCAGGACCCAGCUCUCACUGGAAAUGCAGCGUGGUGACCAUGGGGUUUGAUUUCUUUGUUUUGACCUUUAUUUUCUACAACAUUUUGUAAUUUGGCAUUUCAUAGCGAGGGCGUCAGUCACUAUGCUGCACUCUGUUUUAUUUGUCCUAAUUGGAUGCUGAGUACAUUCUUUGUCGACCGCCCACACCACUCGGACAGUCAGUGUUUCUUUACUGGCUUGAGCCAUGGUGGGGUGGGUGUUCAUUAUGCAUAUAUUUGCUGCGGUACAAGUUCAACUAUACACCUUGCAUCCAAAUAUUGUUCCUUAGGUAGUUUCCAUAUCAUAGUGUAAGGCGCAUUAUCUGAGGUCGGUUUACCUCACUCACCUGCCUCCUCCCCUGCCCCGCCUGCCCUAGGUACCUCUUGGUAAUUGACAGUGCC